GUGCGAAGCAGUACAAAGAAAUGUAGUCUUCAUCAGGCACGGAUCUUAGAUGACGACAGGGAAGAGGGGGUUGAAGCGCUGAUUUAAGCACAUUGGAGACGGCGCCAAAAAUUCAAAAUGAAUGCAACUAUACACGAAAUUUACCUCGUUUCCACUUAUUGGGGCAGCUUUUUCAGCUGUUUCCAGGACUUACACAAAAUUUGGAAUGUGAAAAUACUUCCGUUCUGCACUACUUGGCUGAAGGUUUGAUGUACCCCUCCGAAGAUGUCAGAUCAACUGUUGCAUAUAUUUUCCUUCAGAUAUAUUCGCCAAAUUCGAUUUCGCCAGCAAGAAUAUUUUCUUCUGCUGAUUCAAUCGUAGGAAAAGGAAUUUUGAGUGUUUUAAAAUGCGGAUCAACUAAGCAUCUUAUCAAGAUCGGACUAGCUUUAUUGAAGGCUUUUAUUAGUCAUAGUACAGAGCGAAUUUUGCUUCUCUUUGGGAACUCUAACGAAGAUGUGAAUUUCAUAACAGUCAUUAAAAAGAUAAUAGUCUCGUCAGAACCUAUUUUUCAAGUUUGCGUAAUCCAGUGUCUCUGUCACAUUUUAUCUAACUCAUCAUCUGCUGAAAUUCACAUUAAAAUGCUGAUGGAAGAAAACAUUCCAGAAUUAUUAUUUGAAGUUAUUAAUGGAAACAAUGAACUUCUAAUUGAGACAGCCAUAUGCUGCCUGCGAAUUUUUACACACUGUUCUUUGUUUUUGGAAAAUUGUCAUAUUUUAUAUGGUAUAAAUACUCUUUUAGAUGUUGGAGCAACUCUUCUGAAGCUUAAAAACUGGAGAUUGCUUUGCCUGGUGUUUGAUCUUUUAUCUACUUUAAAUUGUGAACAAUUUCCUGCAAUUGUAUCUUCACAGUCUUCAAUUAUUGGACAAGCACUGAAACUAAUGGAAAAUUCAUUUAAGAUUCAUAACCUGCAAGUACUGUCUGCUGUUAGUGAAUUUUUCUGUGCACUAUUGAAGAAAGAACAAUUGCCAUAUUCAAUUUUAUCUCAACUGUUUGUUGUUGUACAAAUAAGUAUGAAAAAUUUCCAAAAAUUUUUGAGUUCUCAGUCAGGUAUUUCAGCUGAAAUGAAAAAUUACCAAGAAAACAAGAUUGAAAAUUUGCCUUUAGAAGUGAAACUUUUGAUUAGGGGUCUAGAUAUUUUGUUUUGUUUUCUGCGGGUUCUAAGAAGACAAUCUCAAGGCUGUUUUAGAUCAGAGGAAAUAUUUUCCUAUCCCUCCAAUGAAACUAGUGAUGAAUCUUUAAACACUUGUAAAAAGGAUUUUCAAGCAGCAGUUCAUGGAUGCAUUUCAGCCUUGGAUAAAAUAUUUAUACCAUAUUGCUUACUUUUGGAUGUAAAUUCAUCUCUUAAAAAGAUAUCCUACUUUCACCUUGUUCAAGUGUUGAGCGAAAUUUUUGAAGAGCCAUUUGACAGUACAGUCUUGAUGCUUUUCGCAAAAAAACUGGUGAAAGCAAAAAUGUUCAGUUAUAUUUGGAAUAUAAAAAUAGACAAAUUUCUUUUAUCAAAAAUGUCUUUUGAAGAAUCAAGUGCUAAAUGUAACCAAUGUCUAGCUAGUUUACUGAAAUUCACAUUACAGAAGCAUAAGGAUUUGGAUGCUCAUAUGGAAACUAUAAAAAAUGGCUUAGCUGAACUAAAUCAUUCUUUUGAUGAAUGUUUUUCUGUUUUGUCACAAAAAGAUGAAUCUGAAGGCCUAAUGACUACUUCUUCCAAUCUGUAUUCUAUGCAAAUUACAAUCCUUUGUUUAUGUUAUGUUACUUAUUUAAAUGAUGCCCCAAUUGUGAAAGCAAAAACUCUUAUUCCUCAUCUGGUAUAUUACAUAACAUGUAAUUUGGAAUCCAUACUUGCCUCUACUUUCACUGUGAAGUAUUUAAUAUUCAUUUUAGCAAUGUGCAUGCAUGAAAACACCAAAUUUCAGACUGGUCUGACUGAAGUAAGUGCACUUAUCUGGGAUGCUUUAUCAAAAAUGAAUUGCAUUAUUGAAAUAUAUACUCAUCAUGAAAUUCUGUUAUGGUGGACUUUCGGAAACCCACAGUUCAGUUCUUUUAGCUCUUUUGUGUUGCAAGUUUGGAUGAAAUUCAGUUUAUGUAACAGCAAUUUUACUAUUCUGAACAAAAUUUUUACGACACUAUUGAAUCUUCUCUGCACCAAUGAUGUUGCUCAAGAAACAUUUAUUAGACAGUUUGACUCAAACUCAGAAAUAAGUUUUUACUUUCUUCGAAAUGCUUUUGAUUCAGAAAUUUAUGAGAAUGAAAAUACAAAUAUAAAGGAAACAUUUGUGGCUUUGAUUCAAACUCUUGUGCAAUAUAUUCAGAAUUGUACUUUAAGAAUAUUAGUAAUGAAGAAUCAUAUAAAUGAGAAAGUUGAUGAUGGUUUUUUAUUGUUUGGUAUGGAAUGUAUGCUUUGGUGUUAUAGAAAAAUACCAACUUUAAAUUCACAAUUAGAUAUGAAACUUGUCUUUCAUGUGACAAAUUUUUGCUCCAAUUCAAGUUUUGAAGAUCAUAAAAUUUUAAUACAGUGCCUCAAGUUUUUACAGUUUGCAUCAAAAAUUAAAGAUGAACACUCAAAAGCUUGGUUCUUGAUUACAGGAAAUACAAAUUUCUUUCCAUUUUUGAAAAAAUGUUUAACAGUAGAUAAAUUUACAGCUGAUAGUCUGCAUUUGAUCUCUAAUCUUGUGGCUCAACAAAUUAAUGGAAGUUUGAAGAAUACUACUUGGUUGAAAAUUCCUUUUGCUCAGAUUUUAAAAUGGCUUAAAUGUUCAAAAACAAAAUGCAUUUGCUUUGAAAUACUAAAUAGAUUGUUAGAAAAUGAAUUCACCAAUACUUUUAUACAAAUCAACUCUGCUGAGCAGAAUACAUGUUUAUCUGGAAAAUCAUUGUCAAGGAAAGACCUAAGGUUACUGGUAAUUUGUGUACAAAAUGCUAUGGCUUUGGAUGAUCCAGUUGUUGAAGAAAUAGUUUUUUCAACUUACAUAAACCUGCUUAGUUAUAUUUCCAAAACUGAUCCUACUUUAGAAAAACAUCUUAUGCUUCAACCUUGGUUAAAAAUUUUGUUAGAAAUUAGACUUGAUGAUGUUAAUACUAAUUUGGAACUGUUUGAAAAAUGGAUAUCAUAUAAAUAUGAAAAUAUAACCCUUAUAAAAGUUGUGCAACAGUUUGCUGUUGAAAUUUUAAAUAUACAACACAAUUUAAACCAAGUGGAACAUUAUGUAAUGAAACUUUUCUCCAGUGUUUAUCAAAAAUACAUUCCCAAGAAUAUAAAAAUGGAACUGAAAAAAAUUGUGGAUACUAAAGCUAAAUCUAAUGAUUUUAACAGAAAAUUUCAAAAUUGUAUAGUAUCAGAAGUUGAAGCCAUUGUAACAAAUUAUAUUGAAAAUAUUUCCAAUAAUGAUUCAGUAAAAGAAACUCCAUUAAUUUAAGUAAGGAUUAAGUAAAUUAUUUUAGUAAAUAAUUCCUUAUCUUUUCUAUAUAUUUUUUUUAUGAUUUUCUAUAAUUAAUUUUCUAUAAUUCUGUAUUUAUUACUUAACAAGGCAGUUUAUAAAUAUGUGUUGCAUAUAUGCAGCCAGAAGUUGACUGUUGAACUAGUCUGUAUGUUUACUCAACCUUGCAUGAAUUCAAUAAAAACCAAAAAUGGAAAUUUAUAAAUUUUAUUAUUUACAUUUUUUUUUCAAAUGUCAAGUUUAUAAAUGAAUUAUUUUUUGAUACAAAAUACAUUUACACCUUAUAUAUUCCAGAUAA